AUGCUCCUCUCUCCUCAACAUGCGUGCUCCUCUCUCCUCCCCUUGCGUGCUCCUCUCUCCUCAACUUGCGUGCUCCUCUCUCCUCACCUUGCGUCCUCCUCUCUCCUCCCCGCGUGUGCCCCUCUCUCCUCACCUUGCGUCCUCCUCUCUCCUCACCUUGCGUGCUCCUCUCUCCUCACCAUGCGUGUUCCUCUCUCCUCACCUUGCGUGCUCCUCUCUCCUCACCUCCCGUGCUCCACUCUGACAGGUGGGGUGCUCCUCUCUCCUCACCUCCCGGGUUUUGCUCUGACAGGGCAGGGUGCUCCUCUCUCCUCACCUCCCGUGCUCCACUCUGACAGGUGGGGUGCUCCUCUCUCCUCACCUCCCGUGCUCCACUCUGAAAGGGCAGGGUGCUCCUCUCUCCUCACCUCCUGGCAGGGUGCUCCUCUCUCCUCACCUCCCUUGCUCCACUCUGACAGGUGGGGUGCUCCUCUCUCCUCACCUCCCGUGCUCCACUCUGACAGGUGGGGUGCUCCUCUCUCCGCACCUCCCGUGCUCCACUCUGACAGGUGGGGUGCUCCUCUCUCCUCACCUCCCGUGCUCCACUCUGACAGGUGGGGUGCUCCUCUCUCCACACCUCCCGUGCUCCACUCUGACAGGUGGGGUGCUUCCGGACCUGUUGUUUAG